GAUUGGAAGAAUGCGAGAGUAUCGGCUAGGUGAAAAAUUACGUGAAUUGUAUGAUGAUUUUAUUAGUGGUACAUAUAAUUCAUCAGUUAUUCAUGCUCGUACUACUGAUUGGGAUAGAAUUAAAAUGUCAUGUCAACUUGUAAUGGCUGCAUUAUUUAAACCAGAUAAUAAACAAAUAUGGAAUCGAAAUUUAAAUUGGCAGCCUACUGUUAUCGAUUCUGUUCCUGGUUUUUUGGAUGCACUUAUGUUUCCACAAGAUUGUCCAUUAUAUUUAGAAGAAUAUUCAAAAAGUGAAAAUUCAACAGAGGUCAAAAAAAUAUUCAAUGAAUUUAGUGAUUUUAGAAAAAAAUUAACAAAAUUAGCUGGUCAGCCGAUAAAAUCAUUUUUCGAUAUUUAUCGUGUCUAUCAUGCAUUGACACUGGAAGCUGCAUUAAAUUUGACUCUUCCAAAAUGGACAGAAAAAUAUUUUCCCAAUGGAUUGUUAUUAAAAGGUACAAUAUUGUACUAUGAAACUGUAUCAUGGACUACAAAAUUAAAGCGACUAAACGGAGGAAUGCUAUUACGAAAUAUUACAGAAAAUAUGCUUGAUGUAAUUUCUAAUAAAACAGAAAUUAAAAAAAAAAUGUAUUUAUACAGUGGUAAUGAAAGAAAUCUUGCAGCUUUUCUUAUAACUUUGGGUGUUUAUGAUCGACAAGUGCCUGAAUUUUCAAGUGCCGUUAUUCUAGAAUUACUCAGCGAAUGUGGAGAAUAUUACGUCAAGGUUCGUUACUACAAAGGGAUUCCAGAAGAAACAAUAACUUUAAAAAUACCUGGAUGCGAUGAAUUGUGUCCUUUUGAAAAUUUUUUAAAAAUUAUGGAACCAGUUAUUCCAGAAGAAAAUGAACUGAUAUGCAUGAAAGAGCCUCUUAAACUAUUGAUACAAAAAACUUAUGAUAAAUUAAGUCGUAUUUAAAAUUAAUAUUAUUAUUUUCUAUCAACAUAUUUUUUGUUAUUUAACAUUUUUUAUUAUUUUUACAUCAUUAAAUAUAAAGUCAAUAAAGUUAUAUUGUUAAGUCUUUUUUCAGGUGUUAAAUGUGCAAAUAUUUGUAAUU